AUGGCCUCCACCGCACCGCCCAUCAUCGAUGACAAAAGCCCCCUCUGCAUCCCCUUCAUCACCUCCCUCCUCAAAACCCGUACAACCCCUCAAGAUGAAGCAUCAACACGCCCCUUCAUAAUCGGUCUCAACGGCGUCCAAGGCGUCGGCAAAACAACCCUCGUCCGCGCCCUAGCCGACACCCUCACCAAACUAGGCCACCCCACCCUCGUCUUCAGCAUCGACGACCUCUACCUCACACACGCAGACCAAGUCGCCCUCGCGCGCUCUCACCCAGAGAACCUCCUCAUCCAGCAGCGCGGGGAGCCAGGAACGCACGACACACAGCUCGCGCGCGCAUUCUUUGACAGCAUCACCAAGGGUCAGCCCACCAAAGUCCCCUCCUACGACAAGGCAGCCUUCUCCGGCCAGGGCGACCGCGUCCCCGAGAGCCAGUGGACAGAGGUCAACAAGCCCGGCCAGCCAAAAGUCCAGGUUGUCAUCUUCGAGGGCUGGUGCGUCGGCUUCCGCGCCCUGCCCGGGGCCGAGGUGGAAGCCAGGUGGAAGGCCCCCAGCAGGACGCUCCAGAAGCACAAGCUCGAGCACCUUCUGUUGGUGAACGCGAGGCUCAAAGAGUACGACGCCAUGACUGAUCUCCUCGACGUCUUUAUCCACGUUGAUGCCGAGGACACCCAGUACGUCUACGAUUGGCGCCUGCAGCAAGAGGCUGCGCUCCGUCGCGAGAGGGGUGCGGGCAUGACUGAUGAGCAGGUCGUCAAGUUCGUCGACGGCUACUACCCUGCCUAUGAGCUGUUUUCAGAUAACGUCAGAAAGGGCAUCUUGCCAAACAGCCCAGGCCAUCAGAUGAGACUGGUCGUCCGUAAAGACAGAUCGGUCAAGGAAUCGUUCAUUUUAUGA